CUCCUCCCAAAGACAGUGUUUUCCCUGUCUGCUCAUCUGCUCUCUCUGGUCACUCUUACCUGAGAAGGUUUCUAGGAUAGGCAUAUGAAAAUAAAAGAAAGGACUCUAACCCAAUUAUGGAUUUCAAAGAAAGAUUCCUCAACACACAAAGGAAGAAUUAAGUGGUGGAUAGCCCUCAAAAACAUGUCCUUUUGCCACAAUAUAAUUAAUAUUUCCUGUGUGAAAAGCAGCUGGUCAAAUGAUGUCCGUGCUUCUCUAUACAGUUUGAUGAUGAUCAUAAUUCUGACCACACUGGUUGGCAAUCUGAUAGUUAUUAUUUCCAUAUCACACUUCAAGCAACUUCAUACCCCAACUAAUUGGCUCAUUCAAUCCAUGGCCACUGUGGACUUUCUGCUGGGAUGCCUGGUCAUGCCGUAUAGCAUGGUGAGAUCUGUUGAGCGCUGCUGGUAUUUUGGAGAAGUCUUCUGUAAAAUUCACACCAGCACUGAUAUAAUGCUGAGCUCAGCAUCCAUUUUCCACUUGUCCUUCAUUUCCAUUGACCGCUACUUUGCUGUGUGUGACCCACUGAGAUACAAAGCCAAAAUCAGUAUCUUGGUUAUUUUUGUGAUGAUCUUCAUUAGCUGGAGCGUCCCUGCUCUUUUUGCAUUUGGAAUGAUCUUUAUGGAGCUAAACAUCAAAGGAGCUGAGCAGAUAUAUUACAAACACACUCACUGCGUAGGGGGUUGCUCUGUCUUCUUUAGCAAAACAUCUGGGAUAUUGGCCUUUAUGACUUCUUUUUAUAUACCUGGAUCUAUUAUGUUGUGUGUUUAUUGUAGAAUAUAUUUUAUUGCUAAAGGGCAGGCAAGAUCAAUUAAUGAUUCAAAUCCCAAACUUCAAAUUGGAUUAGAAGAGAAAAACAGAAUUUCACAAAGCAAAGACAGGAAAGCAACAAAGACUUUAGGAAUUGUGGUGGGAGUUUUCCUAAUAUGCUGGUGUCCUUUCUUUGUCUGUACAGUCAUGGAUCCUUUCCUGGACUAUACUAUUCCACCCACCUUGAAUGACACAUUGAUUUGGUUUGGCUACUUGAACUCUACUUUUAAUCCAAUGGUUUAUGCAUUUUUUUAUCCAUGGUUCAGAAGAGCACUGAAAAUAAUUCUAUUUGGUAAGAUUUUCCAAAAAGAUUCAUCUAGGAGUAAAUUAUUUUUAGAAUCAAGUUAAUAGCAUUAUAAUAUUUUACUGUCUUGCAAAACAAAUGAUGAUCAUAUUUAUGAGCGCAACAUCAUCAACCACAUGUACAAACUGCAGGGUCUCUUACCAAUUAUUUGAGUCAAAGAAUGUAUAAUGAGACGUGAUGCUUAUAUCUUGUUUCUAUUUGAGAUAUAGUGGAUAUGAUCUUUGUCAUUCUUAAUAUACAUAUCAAGUUUUGAAAGUCUAGAAUUUAAGGUCCUAUAUUUAAAAAAAAUCCUUUUCUGCUUUUACAUGAACUGCCAUUAAAUUGACAGUGGGCCCUUACUCAGUUGUUGAGUGGUAGAAAAUAUGGGGCUGCAUUUGAAAAUGCAAGUUAGAGUGACUUUGUCAUUCAUUUGUUUGACUCUAUAUGUCUUUUUGUAAAACCAACUAAAAGUAUACAUUAAAUGUUAUU